AAUCUAAACUCACCUGAUUACCCAAAAGAGGUGGUACCAGUAGGAUUAUUCGGUCAUGGUGCGUAAUGAAUAAUUUUAUUUUAUUUUUUAUCACAGAAUUUGGAGAAUAUCGAAUGAUAUCAUGGAUGCGAGGAGUAUGAUAGAAGCAAGGAGAGGGUGCCUUGAUCUGAAUUACAGAGAAAGGAAAGCGGAAGGAAGGUCAUGGUGGCAUACACGUCAUUGGUGAACGGCUCACGCUUUUGUACUGCUCGUGCCUCCAACACACACCAAGCACUAGCAAGCGGGCACCAAGGAACGGACUCUUUCUUCUCUUUUCUUCUUCCUCCGCAGUCCUCAAUAACAACACGUCGUCCUCUUUUCCCCUUUCCUUUUGUAUUAGAAUUUUUUAAGAUGGGCAACUGCUUGGAUUCUUCUUCUGCUAAAGUAGAUUCCACCCAGAGCUCACAUAAUCCUGGAGCCUCAAGAAUUUCCAGCAGAACCAGCCAUUCUUCAGUUCCUUCUAGUCUGACCAUCCCAUCAUACAGUGGAAGGAGCGGUGAAUGUCUUCCUACACCAAGGAGUGAAGGUGAAAUAUUGUCAUCGCCAAAUUUAAAAGCUUUCUCAUUAAAUGAGCUAAAAAAUGCUACCAGAAACUUCCGUCCCGACAGUCUUCUGGGUGAAGGUGGCUUUGGCUAUGUUUUCAAAGGAUGGAUUGAUGAACACGCUCUUACUGCUGCAAGGCCUGGAUCGGGAAUGGUUGUUGCUGUCAAGAAGCUUAAAACUGAAGGUUUCCAAGGCCACAAGGAGUGGUUGACAGAAGUUAAUUAUCUUGGCCAACUUCAUCAUCGAAAUCUGGUUAAAUUGAUUGGAUACUGCUUGGAAGGUGAGAGCCGGCUUCUGGUCUAUGAGUUCAUGCCUAAAGGGAGCUUAGAGAAUCAUCUGUUCAGAAGAGGACUGCAGCCACUUUCAUGGGCGAUAAGAAUCAAAGUGGCCAUAGGUGCUGCCAGAGGACUCUCUUUUCUUCAUGAUGCAAAAUCACAAGUCAUAUACCGUGACUUCAAGGCAUCUAAUAUUCUACUAGAUUCGGAAUUUAAUGCAAAACUUUCUGAUUUUGGUUUGGCCAAGGCAGGCCCUACUGGUGAUAGGACUCAUGUGUCCACUCAAGUUAUGGGUACUCAUGGGUAUGCAGCACCUGAAUACGUUGCUACAGGUCGGUUGACAGCCAAAAGUGAUGUAUACAGCUUCGGGGUUGUAUUGCUGGAAUUACUGUCUGGGCGACGUGCUGUUGAUAAAUCUAAGGUCGAUGUGGAGCAGAAUCUGGUAGACUGGGUGAAACCGUAUCUGGGUGACAAGAGGAAAUUAUUCCGAAUUAUGGACACCAAAUUGGGGGGACAGUAUCCUCAGAAAGGAGCCUUCAUGGCUGCUAACCUGGCUUUACAGUGCCUAAGCACUGAAGCUAAAGUCAGGCCUCGAAUGUCAGAAGUAUUAGCAACACUGGAGCAAAUUGAAUCCCCAAAUGGUGCAGCAAAAAACAUCCAAUUAGAGCAUCAAACAGUUCAGACACCUGUCCGACAGUCCCCAGUGAGACACCAUCGUUCUCCUGUGAUUCAAACGGCCAGUGCCUUCCCGCUGCCAUCCCACCACCAAUCUCCACAAUUACGAUAAGCAGAUAGUUAUUUGUAAAUUCUUCUUUUAUUUGCUCUUGUAUUUUGUUCUUGUAAAAUCCGAUGCGGGUGUGUGCACUUUUGGAUUAGAAACACAGAUGUUAUCACUUUUUGUACCGAAAGAGGGUCGUAGAAGGUUUUCCAGCUUGGCUUAAACCUGGCUUCAUCUUGUUGUAGUAGCAUAGAUGGACGUUUCUCACCACUGUAAUCCAUGUCCUAUUCAACUGUAAUUACUUAGUUAUUGGCUAUGUAAGCUCCUUGAUUGAUGCAA